UAUUCCCCCCUCCCCCUCCCCGUCUCUCUCUGUUUGUCCCUGUCGCCAUCCUCCCUGUCCCUCUCCCAGUCCUAGCUGGGUUGCCCCCUUCUCCAGCCCUUUCUCUGGCUGCUAAUGAGCAGAGGAGCCUUUGAGGUGGCCAGGGCUGGGAUGGGGGGCUCCCCGAGGGGGGCGGAGGGGGCAGCUGCUGCCAAGGCCCUAAUGAGGCCCCCUCUGCGCCCCUCCCGCGGUGAUCUUAAUUCCUUCUUCUCCCUGGAGCCAGCGCUAAUUGGCCUGGGGAGGGCCCCCUUCUGGCUCUUGUGCUCUCCCCAGGAGCCAUGUCCAACAACAUGGCCAAGAUCGCGGAGGCCCGGAAGACCGUGGAGCAGCUGAAGCUGGAGGUGAACAUCGACCGCAUGAAGGUGUCGCAGGCAGCGGCUGAGCUCCUGGCCUUCUGCGAGACUCACGCGAAAGAUGACCCGCUGGUGACCCCGGUACCUGCCGCAGAGAACCCCUUCCGAGACAAGCGCCUCUUCUGCGUCCUGCUCUGAGCCCUCCCGGCAGUUUGACCCCCACCCCCCGUCAAAAUAUGAAUCCAAUAAACGUGGUGACUGCGGGGG